UGAGCAUAAACCUGCUGCCAACAUAAACGCCAACGACAAUAACCUCCACCUCUUACAAUUUGUGGAUUUCUCAUUAAAGGAGUGAAGAAUCAAACUGAGAAGUGUAGCAGAAAGCUGAAUCGAACUUCAUUUGGGCAAAACACUUUACCUUCUGACAAAAAUGCCAUCCAGGAGAAAAUCUCUGAUGUUUGCUUCUGCCUCCAUCACCAGCCUCUGCUCCUUUGUGAUAGUUUGUCUUGUUCUUGCAACCAAAAACUGGGUCUCAAGUGAGAUUAGCUACACUGAGGGAAAUUCUACAGUGAAGAUAAUGAUUACAUAUGGACUUUUUGAAGGAUUCUGCUCAAUAGCUGUAGUUGAAGGAAUUGGUAAACCAGACACAAAUUUCCAAGUUUCAGAUAUUCUGGAAAAUACCAAGCUAAAGAGCAUCAACAUCGUGAUUAUCGUUCUGCUAGUAUUUAAUUUGUUCAGUCUCUUACUCAGCUCUGGUUUUACAUGCUAUAAUGCCGUUAGCAAUCCUUACCAAACGUUUUUGGGUCCUAUUGGGGUCUAUACCUGGAAUUCCAUAUCUGGAUUCUGCUGCCUCCUGACCUUGAUACUGUUUCCAGUGAAUGUGGAAGUGAACCAACUGUCUUUGUUGGCCAUCAGACAUUGCAGGCCUUUAAAGGAGUCCAAACACUCCAACACUUACGGAUAUUCAUACUGGAUCAUACUACUUAUAGCCCUUUUCAAUGCUGUCACCAUCACAAUAAUUGUUUUCUAUCAACGUGCCUGGAAUUCAAAAAGAAAGGAACGAGAAAGACCGACAGAAAUUGCACCAAAAGAUGGCAUUUUAUUCUAGUGGCCUCUGUUCUUUCAUUUCAAGAGCAUGUUAAAGCAAAGACUUAGCCAUCAGUUAGACAUGUGGCCUAUGGACUCAUAAUAUGGGAAAUUCUUUGAAAGGUUAUUACCCAAAUUUAUAAAAUUGAACAACAAUGUUACCAUGCCACCAAAACUAACAAUGGAAAUUCAAUAUGUUAUGUUUAAGUAGUUAUUUCUUAAGCUAUUGUAAUGUAUUUCAGUUUCCUUUCAUAAAUUUAUUUCUUUAAGGAUUCAUCAGAGAUCUGUACGAUUUGUGGGUCUUCUUAUUUUACUUAAAAAUUCAU